AUGGUUGCCUUCAUUGUUGUCUACUUCUCCGGAAUGGCCGCUGAGACACUCUUCAGCUUUACCGGAAGGUUUACCAGUGGAAUCCAAGCAGGGAACUAUUACUUCUGGUUAUCCGGCUUGGAGCCAACGGUGGCAGAAACGGACACCAACAGGGCCUCUGGACCUCCUGAUAACUGCAGAACCUACGAGUUGAAAGAUCUCCAAUUCUUGUACCCUCUCGCCCCCGAUAGAAAGGUCUUGAAUGGUAUAUCGAUGGAGAUCCAGCGCGGCGAUUUUGUGGCCUUUAUCGGCGCCUCGGGAUGCCGCAAAAGCACAAUGAUCUCGCUCUUAGAGCGGUUGUAUGAUCCUGCUAGCGGUACCAUCUCCAUUGACUCGCACUCCUUAACCUCCUUCAGUCCGAGGCAGCGCAUCGCAAUUUUCAGGGCCCUCAUCAGGCAAUCUAGUGUGAUCUUGCUUGGCGAGGCCACAAGUGCGCUCGACACGGAGUCUGAACGCAUUGUCCGGGCUGCUCUUACGGAGGCUGCCACUGGAAACAGCAUCACCAUUGUGGUUGCCCAUCGUCUCUCCACCAUUCGCCCGGCGAAUCGUAUUUUUGUCUUAUAUGGUGGUCGGGUGGUGGAAGCCUAA